UUCGCGAGUGUUUUUAUUUUCGCAAAGCCAUAUUUAAUAAAAUAUUGAAAAAUCCCCGCGAUAAGCUUACGAAAAAAGAACCACAUAUAGAACGUAUGUGAAAAGUGACGUGUUGAAAAUAAUCAGACAGCGAUGCGGAACACAGUCGCCGUCAAAAAGUUCGAACUGAGCAACAGAAGAAGAAGCAACAGUUAAACUAUACAAUAUUUAUAUACAUACAUACAUACAAACAUAGUUAGGUGCGAGCAAUGGGCGGUGCGGAGCAGAGCGGAGCGGACAACAAGAGCGACUGCGAGCGGAGCGACUAGAAUUAACGUUUAGUCUAGUUUAAGCCACAGCCAUAACAUAAACACAAAGCGGCGAUUGGCGAUUGGAGCUGCCUAAAAAAAUAAAAGAAUUAUAAAUAAGCUGAAAUUUAUAUGUGUAUGAACAAGUGUGUGUACAUAUGUAAAUAUUUUAAUAUUGCGCUCGUCUGUUUGUUUGUUUGUUUGUUUGUGUGCACAUAUUGAAAUUUUGCCAGCGGCGUCAUGGCAAAUAAAGCCACCAGCUAGAAAUUCAACGGGCCACGUCCACGCUGCAACAUUGUAACUGAAAGUGAGCAGUUAAUCAGUUCGUCAGUUGGACAGUCAGUCAGUGCUACCUCAACAAAUAAGAAAUAAGAAACCAACAACUACCGACAGAGACAUAGACAUUGUCCAGUCAACCAACCACACACACACACACACACGCAACCAAUAUGCUGCCUCGGUUUCGUUCCUUCUAUGGCAAAGUCAUAAUAUUUAUACUCGUGGCACUGUGCUUCAUACUCUACCUGAAGGUCCAGCCGGCCAGCGAAGAGUAUCUGCAGUCGGGCAGACCCAGACCAGCAGCCCUGCAUCGCUCGCAUGACAAACACAAUCUGGAUGUCGAUGAGGCUGAAAAUGAAAUUCGACCUGCCACGCAAUCGCCGUAUGAGCACAGCAUACGAUUGGAUCUACAAAAGCAACGAUCGGGUUUAGGCAAUGAAGGCGUGGCAGUGCAUCUGAAAGGUGUUGCCAAGACGCGUGGCGAGAAGAUCUACAAGAAGAUCGCACUGAACGAGGAGCUGAGCGAACAGCUGUCCUACAAUCGCACAGUGGGCGAUCAUCGCAAUCCACUGUGCCUGCAACAGCACUAUGAUGAUCCCAGCACACUGCCCACGGCCAGUGUGGUCGUCAUAUUCUUCAACGAACCCUACUCCGUGCUCAUUAGGACGGUGCACAGCACCCUCAACACCUGCAAUCACAAGGCACUCAAGGAGAUCAUCCUCGUGGACGAUGGCAGCGACAAUGCGGAACUGGCCGGCAAACUGGAUCACUAUGUGAGAACUCGACUGCCCAGCGGCAAGGUGACAAUACUCCGUCUCAAGAAUCGCUUGGGUCUGAUACGUGCCCGUUUGGCUGGCGCUCGCAUUGCCACCGGAGAUGUGCUCAUCUUCCUGGACGCCCAUUGUGAGGCGAAUGUGGGCUGGUGUGAGCCGCUGCUGCAGCGUAUCAAGGAGUCACGCACCAGCGUACUGGUGCCCAUCAUCGAUGUGAUCGAUGCCAAUGACUUUCAGUACAGCACCAAUGGCUACAAGUCAUUCCAGGUGGGUGGCUUCCAGUGGAAUGGUCACUUCGAUUGGGUGAAUCUGCCGGAUCGCGAGAAACAGCGUCAGAGCAGGGAGUGCAAAGAUCCGCGCGAGAUUUGUCCCGCCUACAGUCCAACAAUGGCCGGAGGACUAUUUGCCAUGGAUCGACGCUACUUUUGGGAAGUGGGCAGCUAUGAUGAACAGAUGGAUGGCUGGGGUGGCGAGAACUUGGAGAUGUCCUUCAGGAUCUGGCAAUGUGGCGGCACCAUCGAGACGAUACCUUGCUCCCGAGUGGGUCAUAUCUUCCGUGACUUCCAUCCCUACAAAUUCCCGAAUGAUCGUGACACACAUGGCAUAAACACAGCUCGCAUGGCGCUGGUGUGGAUGGAUGAAUACAUAAACAUAUUCUUCCUCAAUCGGCCAGAUCUUAAGUUCCAUCCGGAUAUUGGUGACGUUACGCAUAGAGUAAUGCUGCGCAAGAAGCUGCGUUGCAAGAACUUUGACUGGUACCUGAAGAACAUUUAUCCGGAGAAGUUUGUGCCUAAUAAGAACGUUAAGGCCUGGGGAAAAGUGAAAACGGUCAACUCCAAUCUGUGCCUGGAUGAUCUACUGCAGAACAACGAGAAGCCCUUCAAUCUGGGCUUGUAUCCCUGUGGCAAAGCGAUGCAAAAGUCUCAGCUCUUCUCGUUCACCAACAACCAUGUGCUCCGCAAUGAACUGAGCUGUGCCACAGUGCAGCACAGCAGCUCACCGCCGUUCCGUGUGGUCAUGGUGCCCUGCAUGGAGAACGACGACUACAACGAGCAGUGGAAAUACCAGAACCAUCAGCUGGUGCACAGUAACACGGGCAUGUGCCUUGACUACGGCGGCCAAAAGAGCAUGGAUGAUGCCCAAGUGGCGCCAUGCAACCCUUCCAGUGAGACGCAGCGUUGGACCAUCGAACACGACUGAGAAACGGUGGAGGAAACGCCAGCGGACCAAUUGCCAAUUGCAACCGAGAGAAACUGACUAAGCGAAACAAAACGCAACGUUUUCAACUCAACAGACUCGAAUUAACGCAACAAAACAAAAAAGAAAAACGUGUAAAUACCAAUUAAAAUCAAUGCUAGAAAUAUGUAUCUAUAUAUAUAUUUUCUAUAUGAUAUACAUAUAUAUACUAUACCAUAUACUAUAUAGAAUGUGUAAGUUGUAGUUAGCGAAUAUCAAAAAUCAACACAAAUCAAAAUGAAAAAGUCAAAUACGCUAUAAAAAUAUAAAUAAUUUAUGUGUUGUGGAUUUGUUUAUAAAAAAGAUAUGAAGAAAGGUAGAACCAGUUGUAUAGAUAUAUAUCUAUAAGUAUAUAUAUGUACUAUAUCGGAUCAUGUGCAUAUUAUUCCUAUGUAAAUGCUUGAUUAAUAACUGUAAUUUUAAUUGCUAUGUGAUCAUUAAAUGGAAUACACACUUGCAUUCCAAUGCAGUCGAACUAUAUACUUGAAAAGUCUCAACAUAAUACUAAUAAUAAUAAACCAACUAAUCUAAUAUAUGCAAUGCGUUAAUCACACAAAGCGUUGUAAGCAUUUAUUAACUAACAAAACUUGCAACCUGCAACUAUUUUUGCCAUUUGUUUUUUGAAAAAUAAAAAGUUUCCAAAUGGAAACACCAACAAAACACA